UGCCGUGCGGUGUCUCUUUGCCGUGAGGCAGUGACAGCAAAGAAGGCAGUUUGCUGUGAAGCUAGGUUUGCCGAAAGUGACUCUCGGCGUUGUUUUCUUUGCCGAGUGUCCGUGUUUUGGCACUCGGCAAAGAGCAUGACACCCAGCGUCAGAAUUCCAGUAGUGCAGUAUCCCGUCGGGGUGUGAGAGGCCAUAUACAAGUCAUCGUUGCAGAAGGCAAUGUCCGUGAACGUAGUGUACAAAGCUGAUAUGGUCCACCUGCUGCUAUUGCGGCAACCAACUUGGCAUAGUGCAAUGUUGGACAAAUCGCCGGUUGGCAGCGAGGGUGCAGCCUCUAGAAGAGCUAGAGGCAUCGGAGAAGAUGAUCUUAACGAUCUGGUUACUCAGUGAGCGUACCGCGACGUCGGCGCCGGAAAAGAGGUUUUUUUUUUCGAAUAUGGCACAGGAAAAGAGGUUCACGAGCACAGUCUCCUGGUCAUCGCGCGCCGCAACCCAGCCGCUGUCGUGCGAGUCGACCAAGCACUUGUCCUCCGCCUUGCUCGGGACUGGAGGCGCAGGAUCCACGCGUCGUCGGGCCCACACAGGUGCUUCGUCCUGCUGCUGGACGAGUACGAACCGCAGGGGGUGCUUCGUCCGGCGCGGCGAGAGGAGCAGCGCCGCGGCCUGCAGACGGCGGCGAGGCGCACGCGGUCGCGCGGGGAGGCGAGCCUGAGGUGGAUAUUGUCGAGCAGGUCGUCCGGGAGGUCGGAGUCGGACCACCGCGCUGUUGAAGACUUGGUACCACGGUGGCCAUCGCCGGAGGCGUUCGUCCGUGUCGUCCACAUCUCGUAAUUAUGUUAGUAUAUACGUGUCUGUGUCUGCAUCAAUCACGCGUGGUGACAGGUAAAAGUGGCAGAAGCCGGAUCCGUAUUCUAAUCUAAGUCUUGUCAAGGUCGGUUCAUUGGAUCUGGAUUGGAGUUGGAGGGCACAUAUUUGAUGCAGCGUGACUUGUCUGCUCUGUACCCCCGCGCGCCUUCUUCCUCCGCCGCGUUAGCUAGGGUUACGUACAUGACGCAGGGUAAGUGGAGGCGAGUUGUAUGGAAACAUCGCGGCAAGGCAAGAGACGACGCGUCGGCCAGGCCGCCGGAGGUGGAGGAGCCGGUGGUGGGCGAGAGCUUCGAGUUCGCCUUCAACAACGAGGCCUUUUCCGACAGGGUGCUGAAGGUAGAGGUCGUCGGCAGUGAAGAUGCUGCCGGCUUUCUGAUAAGCUUUUUGCUUCUUAGCUUUUUCUCAAAUGGCAUGAAAGAGUCUGAUCAGAGGCAAGCAACACUUACAAUUGGAGAUUCAGAGGAAAAGGCCUUCAUGGAGCUUUUAAUCUUUAUGUAUAGUGGGAAGUUGACACCAACAACUGAGCCUACUCUUCUACUUGAUAUCUUGAUGAUCGCUGACAAAUUUGAGGUCAUUUCUUGCAUGAAGCUUUGCAGUCAGCGGCUGCUAGACCUGCCUAUGACCCCAGAAUCGGCAGUGAGGUGCCUAAAUGUGCCAUGUUCCAUUUCAAUGGCAGCUGCCCUCAAAGAGGCAGCCAAGCAAUUCCUUGCAGAAAGGUACAAGGAGCUCCUGUCAACAAACUUCCAAGAUGAACUAAUGAGGGUCCCUCUUGCUGGGAUUCAGGCCAUCUUAUCAAGGAAUCGCCUUGGGGCUGCAUCGGAAGAAUCCAUUUAUGACUUUGUGCUCAGGUGGGCACGUUCACGGUACCCAAAUUCGGAAGUAAGGGACAAGAUUUUGAGUUCACGUUUACUUCCACUGGUGCCAUGGGUGCUCGGGAUGACCGAUGACAUUCAAAUUGAUCAUCCAUCUUGUAUAAUUAACUUCACUAUAAAGCGUGAGAAGUGUUGCAGGCUGGUCCCAUCAGGAUUAAUGCGUUCUCCGUCGUUCCAUUGCGCGGGGCGUGACUUCUUCCUCUCGGCAUGUUGUGUGACGACAGAUCAGUCCCAAUUUUUUAGCCUCGCCAUAAAGAUGUUAGAAGACAAGGGGGCAGUAAGGGGGAAAAUAGAUUAUGAGAUUGGGGCAAAGACAAGACCAUCGCUGAAGUUCGUCACCAAGUACAGGUGCACCACCUCCACCGAUAGUAUGGGACAAGAUGGUUGUUGCGUUCCUUGGUCGGAGUUAAUGGCUGACGACAACCCUUACUUCAUCUACGAUAAACUCCAUCUGCAAAUUCACGUGAAGAUAACACCACUGCCAUAGUAAUGUGUGCAUUAGCUGCUAGCUUGAUGUGCCUUGCUCAAGUCCCAUGUCUGCAUUAGGUGCUCUAGUUAUUUGCUAGCAUUUUCUCUGCUCUCUUUCGGUGACAGAAAUUAAUGUCACAAGUAAAUAUCUAGAAGUUGAUGUUGGAAACUUUCACCAGUCGUAAAGCUGUUACCUCUGCUUGUGUGUUCUGUUAUGCACCGAAGGUGCUGACCACUUAAUGCACACUAUAGUUUUAACCAACUGAUUCAUGAAAGUCAAUGGUCAUACU